CACACAACCACGAACCUCCUGUGGAUGAUCCCUCCACAGCUCCACUGAUCCUGCCUUGAUCCUAUCGAAGAACUCUGAACUCGCCGCCGCCGCCGCCGCCGCCAUGGGUUUGCAGGAGGAGUUUGAGGAGUAUGCUGAGAAGGCCAAGACUUUGCCUGACACAAUUACAAAUGAGGACAAGCUGCUUCUUUAUGGCCUGUACAAGCAGGCAACCGUCGGCCCCGUUAACACUGCGCGCCCAGGUAUUUUCAACCUGAAAGAAAAAUACAAGUGGGAUGCUUGGAAGGCUGUUGAAGGGAAAUCCAAGGAGGAAGCGAUGUCCGAUUACAUCACGAAGGUGAAGCAGCUGCUAGAGGAGACUGCUGCAUCCACUUCUUAGGCUAUUACGAAAACACCACCAAUGGGAAAUGUAAGGAGGAAGCGAUGUCCCGAUUACAUCACGAAGUUGAAGCAGCUGCUAGAGGAGACUGUUGUAUCCAAGUGGUGAUUCAAUGUAUAUAUGGUUUUGUUAUUAUGUGUUUAAGAACUCGAUACUCUACACAACUCAAUAAGAACUUGUAUUUAUAGCCUUGUAUGCUCAGAUAUCAAAAUAGGACUGUAAUGUUUUAGGAAGAAAAUAACCAAGCAAUUCUAGUCGUAACCGGGUCAAACUAGAUAGUCAUCUCCUAGUACACGCUAGUUUCCUUGUCCACUUGGUCUCUUAUCACAUAUUUAAGGUAGUUUUUUCCUUAUACUUUCAAGUAUGUGUAAUUCUUGGUCAGGUAAGGAUAAUUUUACUUGAGAUAAAC